AUGAGCAUCACUGACUACCCAAAAGAUCUCAUAUGUACCAACACCAUACGCCAGGAUCCAUGGAUUCUACCAGCAAUGGAAGCCAUUGCAUACGCUGUCGAAAUCAUAAAUAAAAAUCCGUCUUUACUUCCCAAUGUCUCUUUGGGAUUUGUGAUAGUUGACUACUGCAGAUCAUCAAACAUAGCACUGUCACAGACGCUAUCGUUUCUACCAGUGGCAAGUUCAAAGAAUAAAUUUACCUUGAAUAACACAAUAAACUCUUCUAUUUCUGUUAAACAAACCCGACCCUUGUCAAAGUUUACCACAACAAUACCGCCAACGUUCUUAUCGUCAUCGACUCCAUCGUUCAAGCCGAUCCCACAUUACGAUGUAGUAGGAGUCUUAGGACCUCAAGCAAGCACGUCUACAGUAUACAUGUCCAGUCUUCUCUCUGUAGCCAGACUUCCCAUGAUCAGCUACAUGGCUACAGGAGACGAGCUCAGCAACAAGUACAAUCAUCCCUACCUGUUGAGACUAGUGCCUCCAGACAAACACCAAGUCCAAGGCAUGUUGACUUUCAUUGCCGACAACGGUUGGACGUAUAUUUCAGUUGUUCACGGAGACACAACAUACGGCGAUACGGCAUUUGAAAGGAUCAAAGUUUUAGCUCCGAAGUUUGACAUAUGCUUGGCCACAUCGCAUCGAGUUGGCUCCAACACUGAUUUUGACAGCGUCAUUAAGAAUCUCCUUAGUCACGAAACAGCCAGAGUGGUCAUUCUAUUCGCCGAAACAGAUCCGAUAUUAAACCUACUGGCCGCCUCACACCGCGCCGGUGCUAAAGGACACUUUAUAUGGAUUGGAAGCGACUCUCUCAGCGAUAAAAUUAUUUCGAGGGGAAAGUAUAUAGAAGAACUUUACGGAACAUUCACGUUUAUGUACUACUCAAAACCAGUUCCUGCAUUUGAGAAGUAUUUCAAAGAGUUACGUCCAAAUUCGACUACCAAUCCAUGGUUUAAGCCCUUCUGGCAGAUGCUGGCGCAAUGUUCGUUUAGCAAUAAUACCUGCUGGUCCCAGACAAGCAUCGAUAACUUUCAAAAGAUAAGCAUUCCGCCUUCCAUAUCACUGAUUAUUGACAGUGUCUUUACUUUUGCAUAUGGUAUCCAUAAUCUGUUGAGUGACCUAUGCCCGUCGCUUGCCGGGCACGAUGCAAGGCUCUGUGUUAAUGGAAAUACACUGCUAAACUAUAUGCUGAAUUAUUCCUUCAAUGGUUUCACCAGCAAAAUUUCAUUUGACAAAAACGGAGACUUAAUUGGGAAGUACUUUAUCAGGCAAAUGUUAUAUGAGAAUGAAAGUGGCGCAAAGGAAAAUACUCGUGGAAAGUUAGUUGAAACACAAGUAGGUUGUUAUGAAGUCAAAGACGGAUCAAUCUCUUACAGAGGUCCUCUGAUAUCAUGGGACCAUUUGAAGUUUAUGUCUCCUGUAUUUAACUUGUCAGAAAGUGGUCAGAGAAAAAAGCGUCCGGAGUCUGUCUGUAGUCAUCCUUGCAACCCUGACCAGUAUAUGAUUCAAAGAGAGCUGCGAUGUUGCUGGGAAUGCGGAAGCUGUCGUGCAAACGAGAAACUGGUUAAAAAGCGCACUGCUUGUGAAAAGUGCCCACAGUUUACUUGGCCAGAUCCUGAGUCAAAUUUGACAAGAUGUAUUCCAAUACCCCCUUCAUACCCCUGUAUUUAUGAUACCAUGUCAGCCGUUGAAAUAUGUCUCGCUGGGUUGUGUACCAUCUUCCUGUGCUGCAUGGCUGCUCUAUACGUCCGUUUUCGAGAACACAGCGUUAUCAAAGCCGCCAGCCGAGAACUAAGUGCUAUUCAAAUGAUGGCCAUCUUUUGGGCUUAUAUAACAGUCAUUCUCCUGCAGAUAAUGCCGACAAAUACCGUCUGUGGUAUUAUCUACUUCCUGUUUUGUCUUAGCUUCACCUGCUUGUAUUCUCCCUUGAUUGUCAAAGCUAUUCGAAUCUACAGAAUCUUCCUGCAAGGAUCACGAUGCAACAAAAAUAUGAGAUGUAUUAGCCCACAGUCACAGCUUCUGAUUGCUGGCUUGUUGAUUACAGUGCAGAUGCUAGUUUCAGCAGGUAUGUUUCUCGUGCACCGACCAUCAGCGCACCUGUCCCAACCCGUGGAGCUGGAGAAAUUCGUAGAGCUGCACUGUGACUUCACCAUGUCCAGUCUGAUCUCUUUCCUGGCCAUCAGCUUGCUUCAGGUUCCCUUACUGCCGGACAACUUCAAAGAGUCGCGGUUCGUGUCCAUGUGUGCCUCCACAACACUGAUCAUUUGGCUAGCUGUGGUUCCAGCCUACUAUACGGCCAGUCUCAAACACACGCGCACUCUCCUUUUGUCGCUGGCUCUACUGCUCAACCACACAGUUGCUCUAAUUUUUCUAUUUGUUCCUAAAGUAUUCGCUAUAUACUACGUCGACUAUGAAACAGAAAGCAUUAGCAAAUUGUACGUAAGUCAACUGAAGAAAAAGGUCAGUUUUCCAGAUGUUUGUAAUCGGGUAAUGCCGACAUCAACAAAAGCAUUGCCAUUCUAA